AACGAUCGCCAUAACUCAGUCGUUGCAAUUGCGUCGAGAAAAGCGUACACGAAGUAUACAAAAUGCAUUACGUUAUCUGUUGGCUAUGCGCAGGGUUGCUAUUACUUGCUGGUGGACAGCUAGCAGAGGCCGCGAUAGGGCGUUCCUUUUAUCGUAACGAUGCGAACCCCGGUAUGUGCUCGGUCAGUGACACAGUUAUCCUCGCACCAGGUGAAUCGGCGAAAGCGGUGAACUAUUGUGCGCGAAUUACUUGUGAAAAUGAAGAUGGUCUUGCCGUAAUUACUAGUUGUGAUUACCAGGAACCGUUAGAUGGCUGCAUAUUUGGCUUUUAUAAGGAUCAGGAGGCGUCGUAUCCACAAUGUUGUGAACGCAACCUGAUCUGCGGCUAGAAAACAAAGUAAUAACAAUGGCGUCAUGUUGAUAUUUGGUUAUUCAAAUUUAAUGUUUAUUUAAUAAAGUGAUUUUAUUUUUCUGGUUUAUUGCA